AUGUCUGCAAUAGGAAAUGGGCUAAAGGCUGAGCAACAAAAAGAUGCUGAAAUCUCUAAAGAGAAAAUGGAUGAGCUAAAGAAAACUUUCAAGCACUUCGAUAGAGAUGGAGACAACACUAUAUCUGUUGACGAACUGACUACUGCCAUGCGUUUAAUGAACAUGAAUCCAACGGAAGAGGAAGUUAAAGCAAUUAUAAAAGAAACGGAUACUGAUGAAAGCGGUAAAAUCGAUUUUGAGGAAUUCGUCAAGUUUAUGACCGACCGCAUGAACACGGUAGAUGAGCAUGACUCUCUAGUACAAGCAUUCAAAACAUUUGAUAAAGACGGCAACGGUUUUUUAGACAAAGAAGAAUUGAAAGCCAUAUUGAAGGAAGAAGGGGACAUAGAUGACCUAAUGAAAGUAAUAGAUACAAAUGGUGACGGACUUAUUGAUUUUGAAGAGUUUGUAGCGAUGAUGACAGAAUGA